UAUGGAGCAGUCGUAAAAGGUAGAAGGCGGGGUGUAGAAGAAAAAAUUGUCAACAGGCGACCGAAACGCCAGGAAUAAGGAACUGCUCUUACCGACGGUCACGCUUUAAGUGACUUUUCCCCAUACGGUACUUUUAAGCAGCGUUGGUGGAGUUUCUGAUAGCUGGGAAGCUGUUGUAAACUCAUAGCUAAUACCAACCACUAACAGCUGCAAUGGAAUGGGGUAGUCGCUAUGAGACGCUGGACUUGGACUGUGACGAAGGAACGAAGAUGGAGAAACCUGGUGUUUUCACUGGAAUGUUCAAAAGAUCCUCCAAAAUCUCUGAGAGUCCAGGGCUUGUACAGGAACAAAAUGGAAAUCUCUCCAAAAGCAGUGAUGAAAUCUCUGAAACUAGCAGCAUAAAGGAGAAGGCAGGGGUGUUUGGAAUGUUUAAGAAAAGCUCAAAAUCUUCACAGGAUAAUUUGUCAGACAAGCUCUCAGAUAGCAGUGACAGUCUGAAUGACAAUAACAACACCAAGGAGAAAGGUGGUGUGUUCAGUGGUAUUCUAAAGAAGACAUCAAAACCAGCUGACGAGGCCCAAAUGAGUUUUGGAGACAACCGCGAGAAGUCUGCAAGUCAUGACAGUCUGUCAGAAAAGACCAGCUCUAAGGAGAAAGGAGGCGUGUUCAGUGGAAUGUUCCGAAAGACUGCAAAGCCUCCUGGAGGUUCCGACCAGUCUACCCUGGUGGCUGACGAAGACAUGCCUGCCAGCAAUGACGGUCUCUCAGAGGGUAGCACAAACAAAGAGAAAUCUGGCCUCUUGAGCGGGAUGUUCAAAAAAACAAGUUAUAAACGCGCAGCAUCUCAGGAAAAUCUCUGUGACCAAAGCAGCAUGUCUGGUAGUAAGGACAGUCUCUCGGAAAACAGCCACUCUAAGGGGGCGAUGGGAAAGAUUUUGCGGAAUCCAUUUUCCUCCACAGCUCAGGACAAGGAUAAAGAGAAGAAGGAGAAACAAGAAAACGCAUCAGAUUCAGAUGCAGAGGAGACGUCACAACAUGGCAAGCACAAACAGAAUGCAUUUGCAGGAGCCAUGUCUAAGCUGAAUCCAUUUCGGCCUGCUUCCAAAGGUGAAAAAGAGUCUGAAAAGGAUGAUGAGAAGGAUGACCCGUCUUCUGAUGGGGAAAACCACUCCCAUCGCAAACAGAUGAGUUUUGGAGACAACCGCGAGAAGUCUGCAAGUCAUGACAGUCUGUCAGAAAAGACCAGCUCUAAGGAGAAAGGAGGCGUGUUCAGUGGAAUGUUCCGAAAGACUGCAAAGCCUCCUGGGGAUUCCGACCAGUCUACCCUGGUUGCUGACGAAGACAUGCCUGCCAGCAAUGAUGGUCUCUCAGACCACUCCCAUCGCAAACAGAAUGUUGUGGUCGGAGCCCUAACGAAAUUGAACCCAUUUCGUUCUGCUGGCAAAAAACACUCUGGCAUGGAUUCUGAAGAUGAGCUUGAACAGGACAUCAAGGAGACUGAUGCCAGCUCAGAGGGGAAAGAUAAAGCUGCCCGCACGCCGUUAGUUCCUCCCCGCCCCACUGAGAAGGAGCUGAGCAAGACGACCACGUACAACCAGCUGCGGAGAUCCGCCACAGAGGACAGUGAGGCUAAUGGUAAUAUGACUCAGAGAGAGAACAAGAGCUUGGCUAAACCUCCCCCGGUUCCACCCAAACCUAAGGAGAGGAUUGGUGUUGCUGACCGCGAUGAGUCAGCCCGACGCGGCUCAAAGGAGGAAGAGAAAGGCGUGGAGGAAACGAGCGUUCAGUCUGCCACACAGAAGGCAAAAAAGCCCAAUCCAUUCACAGCACAGGUGGGAGACAAGCCAAAACCCCUAGCACAGAAGAAUGAGCAGGAGGAAGUGUCUGGUGAUGAUUACCUAGAGGGAGAAAGUGACGAUGGCCUGGAGGAUAGGAAGGAGGUCACGACAGACGAUAAGAACCCAGACCAAGAAGCACCAGCCACAAAACCAAAGAAGAAGAAGAAGGGCAAGAAGAAGGCCAAAAACCCAUUCCUGGCUCAUGUUGCUACAAAGGGUAAAACGCUACAAAAGAAGACAGCAGAGGAGGAGGAGGAUGGAGGCCCUGGGGGCGGCUUAGCUGAGAAGUCCCUGUUUGAGCAGCUGGAUGAGCUUCGCGUUGAUAAACCGGAGACUGAGGAGCAGAAUGAGGACAAGGAUCUGGACUGCUUGAUUGAGUGGUGGAACAACGUGGAACAAUGGGAAGAUGCACCCGAGAUUGAAGACAUGACGGAGAAGGAAGAGGCCAAAGCCUUUGCCGUCACUGCGGAGAAAGUGCAGAAGGGCAUCCGUGUAUUCAACAAGCUGUUCACAGAGCGUGCCGAAGGCCUGUGGCAGCACGUCAUUGAUCUGAACGGCAUUGCUGAUGGCCUGGACAAGUUCAACAAGAGGACCAAAAUCGCCCAGAUCACCGGGGGCUCAACCAGUGCUAUCGGGGGCGUUGCCACCAUCGCCGGGUUGGCCCUGGCGCCCGUCACCAUGGGAACAUCUCUCAUCGUGACUGCAGUGGGCCUGGGCGUCGCCACGGCGGGCGGUCUCACCUCAGCCUCGGCCGGCAUCUCCAACCAGGUGAACAACUCGCUGGACCGCAAGAAGGUGGAGCGCAUUGUGGAGGACUACAAGGAGAAAAUGGGCGACCUGAACAAGUGCAUGAAGUUCAUCAAGCAGGGCAUCGAGCACCUGCGCAAGUUCGACCUGAUGAAGAUGAAGGACCAGCAGUCCUACAACCAGGAGUUCCCCACGCUGUCCAGCUCCUUCUUUGAGGACGGCGCCAUGGUGGGCAAGGCCCUCCUCAUCAACGCCAAUGAGAUCAUGCGCGUGGUCCAGAUCGCCAACGUGGCCGGACGCGCCGUGCAGAUCGCCAGCAUGGCCACGGGCAUCCUGACGGGCCUCUUCGUGGGCAUGGACAUCUACUUUGUGGCCAAGGACUCCAAGGAGCUGAAGAAGGGCGCCAAGUCCGAGUUCGCCGGCAAGAUCCGGGAGAUUGCGGAGCAGCUGCACGGCGGGCUGGUGGAGCUCAACACCAUCCGGGAGGAGCUGCAGGCUGCAACGGGUGGCGGGGGAGGCGGCGGGACGGAGGCCGGCAGCAGGGUGCCAGAGACCAUCGAGGAAGAGGAGGUGGACGAGAUCGAGGAGAUCAAGCGCAAGAUCAAGAGUGUCCCUCUCGAGAGGAGGGAGGAGUACGAUGACAUUGACGAAAUCAAGCGCAAGCUGAAGGGCAAAUCUGCACAGCCACCAAAAGGUGGUGGUGGUGGUGAUGGCGGUGACGAUGGUGAUGACAUUGAUAAAAUCAAGGCCAAGAACAAGCACUGAGCCUCAUACACCUCAGUCCACAUAAGAAAAGACUACUGAACAUUGCCAUUACUAAUACACUGCCUCGAACUGUGCAAAACAUGCUACAGGCCAAACCACUCUGCCACUGAUGAUAUCUCUUAGGCCAAACCACUGUCCCACUGACUCCUUCUGUAGCCUCCUUAUUUCCUGGGUUGUUGACCAUGCUAUUUAUUUGCCUCUCGCUGCGUUAGUCAGCAACUGUGUGCCUCACCCUCUAAGCCCCUUUUCCUGUUCUACCACUUUGCUUCUUUGUGUAACUUAAGACUCUCUUACUCGCAGACCUGCAACGACUACAUGUACAAACGCUCUCUUUACCUCUCCUCGUAGGAAGAAUUAUGCACUUUGAUUGGUACUAACUUGGCCACAAUAAGCUAGCUGGUAUUAAGGGAGUAUACAUUUGCUGUGUUUCUCCUGUAUCCAAAAGAUCUGGAAGAAGAGAGUAUAUGCACAUAAACACAUGUAAAAUGUGGCCAAAAGGGUUUAAAUACUUUCUAGUGGUGAUGUAGCCAAAUUAUGUUACUUUAUAGUGUCUGUAAGACAUGUUUUUAUAGUUGUCACAUUUUAUAGUUGUUUCUUUGUCAUAAGAUAACCAAACGACUGUACUGUUGUUGGCAGAGGAUAUUCAGGGAUGAAAGUUUUCAGCCAUGCUUUAAUUGCAGAAGGUGUUUUAGGUGUCUAUUUUAGCUGUAGAUUUUAUACUGUACAUUUUCACCACUACCUCUGCUUUCAUUUUAGAAGAGCUGCUUUCAUUUUAUUCAGUGUUGAAUAACAUAAGUGGCUUCUGUUACGAUUUUACUAAGCCUCUGUUGUAGGCAUUGCAAGGUCUCUGACCUUGCUUUUUAGAUCAUUAGAAUUAACAAAUUAACUUGGUUUCUUUGAAAAUAAUGUUUUAGCCAAUCUUAUGGGGGUUUGUAUUGUUUUGGAACUCUUAAUGUUCCUGUAACAUUGUUUUUAUUUAAGCAUAUGUGGAUUUUUUUUAAUUCUCAAUAUUAAAUUAAAAUAAAAGAAUAUAUAAUCA